GACCACACGGCCGUGUGCUGGCCUCGUUUCCUGGCGGCGUUCGAGAAGGAGUGGGGUCCGCACCCGGACGAGGCGUACGGACGCUUUAAAAAGGCCAUUGUUUCCCCGUCUGCAUCUCUACCGUCCUUGCCCGUGCGCUCCCUCCCGACUGGCGAGGGGGGGACAGAGGUGCCCGGGGUGGAAAGGGGAGGAGAAGGGGUUGGGGAAGGGAUGGUGGCCAUCGAGGUGUACGACCGUUUGACC